AUGACCCGAGAUAGGAGACAGGCUGAGCACUAUAAGAAAGGAGAUAGUCCUAGGAAGAGCAGCCAUGAUUCUGUCCUGGGAUGCCCGCGGUUCGCUGCUCAGGCUUUAUCUAUUGUCAUCAGCACGUUACCUACAGUGAUUGCAUGUUUGCCUCCCUCAAUUAAAUACUUCUUUCUUCUGGCUGAGAGAAAAAUGUCAAAAAACUUAGUUGAAUUGAAGAAAGGUGGCCUGCUUGUCUGGAACUUGAUUGUAAUUAUACAUCGGAUAUUUGAGGACCGAAACACUGUGGAACUUCUAACGGGCGCCUCCCUUGACAGACGGAGUGAAGAAGAACUCCGUUUAAUCUGUGUGUGUUUGGAAAGCAUCCUGGGAGACCGGGCAGGCAGCCCCUGUCAGGUGACCCAGAAGGUCAUACAGAGCAUUGAGCGGCAGAAGCCCAACUGGAUGGAAGGCCAGCUGCUGAAAGCCAGGAAACUGAGCUCUGAAUGUGCAUUUAUGGCAAUAGAGAAAAGCACAGCCUUAGAAGAAGGAGAGAUUGCUCUUGAACUGACUGAGCAGAAAAUAAACACGAUGGUCCUGGAUCUCUGCCACAAACCAGGUGGCAGCAAGUACCUGAGGCAAAUUUAUCACAUCAUGCGGUUCAAUGAGGACUAUUUAAAAGAACAGCUGUUUUGUAUGAAUGGUUUGGAGGAAAAGCCAUUACCCAUCCGACCUCUAAAGGUGACCUUGAGCAGUGUGGAAGAUCAGCCUUCUGCCUUCAACCCUUUCCAUGUGUAUAAGGUGUUUAGUGGAAACAUGCUAGCUCAGUCAGCCAUCGCAAAAUGGAGCUGGAAUUGGGCAAGUUUGCUGCCAAAUUAUCUGGGACUAGAUAAGAUGACCUUCAGUGUUCUGUUCAAAAACAGGUGGGAAACGAGGAAGGACGAAACACUAGAAGAAGAAGAAAAAGCAAUGCUGGAACAUUUAAAGCGAAUCUGCACCGUGCAGAACUCUUCUGCCUCAGAUAACACAGAGGAAGAGUAAUCUACAGAA